AUGAAUAGUCCAACGACUCCUUUGGAAGAACCAAUCAUAUUAGAGAAAGUACUUUUGAAGUUCAAAAUUAGUAUUAUUCAAUACAUCAAAACAUUAUUGCAAUUGAUCAAUAAAUAUUACAGUGUAAGUCAAUUAAUAAUCGAGCAAACCAACAAACUACUAAAAGACAUCGAGAAGAUUCAAUUUAAUAUCAAUAACAUUAAGGAACGGAAGACCACAUUCAAUAAAUUUAUCAAUAUUUGUGACCUUUUAAGCUUCAGUAUUGUUAAGAACAGCGGCAAUGAGAUCAGCAACAAAAUGAAACUGUGUCUGCAUAACUGUAAUAUUGGCUUGCAUACAGCGGUGUCCUUUGUACAUGGAAUUCCUGCCAUCGCUAUACCAAGCAAUGACAGUUCCAGCACUUCCAAUUCCAAGACCAACAACCGAUUAGCACGCCCUGUUACCGCCAUGACACACGUUCUUGAUGACUUGACAAGCUGUUGGCGGGUACAGGUCGAUAUGUUGGAGCACCUUGUUUUUUCUACACCUCGAAUGGUCUCUGAAACGGAAGAUGGACAUAAUAACAGUGAUCAACCUCCAUUACAAUUCCAACCAAAAGAAAGUAGGGGCGAGAACCCAGCCAUGAAAUGCUAA